GGUGGAUGACGAUAUUAGCUAUAGCUGGUCCGGCAGCUUUAGUAUUGGUAGUUUGUGUCAUUGUUUUAGGAAAACUAUUACUCAUUAGAAGACUGCGGAAAUCAGAGAUUCAGGACGCUAUACAUCUGUCACAGAAAAAUGAAACAACGCCGUUUUAUAGAGUUUGGACAAUACGGAGGACACAAAAGAAAAUAAUUGAAGCAGUAGAUCUUUCAUCAUUAAAGACCAAAGCAAGUAAGAUGUUUAAUCUGACGGAAGAUAAAUACUUGAAACUAGUAUUAGAAGAAGAUGGAUCAGAGAUUCAAACAACGUCUUCUAUGGUUCUCUGUCAAAAUAAAGUAUUAAUGGCGAUAGAUAGGAACGAAAAAUGGAAACCUGUAUCAUCGGAUGAGAGUGAUACAAUAAGAUUAACCUAUGAUGUUUGUACAUUCGAUCGAAAACAAAGAAAGCUAUUUCUAGCAAACAGUUUAAAAGAUCUAAGAGACCAAGUAAAAACGAUCUUUGGACAAGAAGCGAAUUAUUUCUGUCUUGAAAUUGAUGGUACGGUGAUUGAUGAUGAUAUUUCGCUGACUGCCGUUGCUGGACAACAAUUGAUGGCAAUGACUGAAAUAACCGGGUGGACACCUCUGCCUCCUGGAGAGACAGCAAAGAGUUUGUCUGAAUUGAAUAUUGAUGAGCUAUCCAACGACAAGAAAGAUUGUUACAAAGUAUGGUCAAAAGAUCUCCGUUAUAAGAGGAUAAUAUUUGCCAGUGACUUAGUUGAUUUACACAUAAAAGCUGCAAGAGCUUUGUGUCUGAGACCACCUAUAGAAAUAUCUAUUUUGGAUGAUGAUGUGCCAAUAUUUGAUAAUCAGCAACUAAUACAUCAUAGAAAGGAUAUUUUACUAGCAGUAGAUGCUGGUGAUGCGCACAGUGUGGCUCAUACUUCAGAUUAUACAGACAUACCGGAUGUACUUCAACAGACACCAUAUAGGUGGAAUUAUACGGAUGACACAUACUUCUGACAAUAUUAUGUGUUUUAUAUCAGGACAUUCUAUUGUAUGAUAAAUCUAUAUUACUUUAUAUAAAGAUAUUAAAUCAAGAACUUUUUUAAUCAGUAUAAAAUUUUAAGCACUGGUAGACAGAACAAUACUCUUAAGGACACAUACAUACUGUGUAUUUAUAUCGGACUUAUCAUUAUUGCUUACAACCACAUCAUUUGAAAUCUUGUGUAUAAAUGUCUCAAGGGCAAUCAUACUACAUCUCUAUAUUUUAAUUUGUAUGGUAAGUGUGCGAGAAAAUAACAAAGGUCACCAUCAUUAUCAAUCAUACAUGAAAUCCGUGUUUUUGUUUGCAUCUAAAAUAUUACUGUCUGAAGCUAACCUCAUGAAGUACAAAUAUACGUUCAGUCUACAAGUGCACAAUAAGGACAUAUGUAUACGUUAAUUGUUCUACAAUCGUUGUACACCAUUUAUUUUGUGUCUUUUUUGUUUUUGGUAGCUUUGUUUGUGUGUUUUGUAUCGA